AGGCCAUGCCCUGCCCCAUCACCUGACUGCUAUUUGAAUAUUGAUGGUCCCUGUGAGCCUCCACCAUCCUGUGUUUUUAUUUUCGUCUGACAUUGUCGGUGUGGGACCGUCGCCACAGACAGAUUUAUAUAACGAGCCCCUGAACACAGACAUGUCGUCACUACUGAAGCCGUUUUCGGUGUGCGAGGGGCCGUGUGAGAGCGGCGCUGUGAGGAGAGGAUUCCCGGGAUCAGCUCCUCAUCAUCAGCCUCCAUCGCAGCGUCUGGUCGCCGCGGGGCUGGUCUCUCUGCCGGGGUCUCUGACGGGCUCUCUGCCGGGGAGAAACCUGGCGGCCGCUGCAGUCGGUGGAAGGAAACUCACGCAUCCUGGAAAGUCCAUUCUUGCAGGUGGCAUUGCAGGAGGAAUAGAGAUUUGUAUCACCUUCCCCACAGAAUAUGUCAAGACCCAGCUGCAGCUAGAUGAGCGAGCUAACCCACCUCGAUACAGAGGGAUCGGCGACUGUGUGAAGUUGACCGUGCAAGAUCAUGGGCUGAGAGGACUGUAUCGAGGUCUCAGCUCCCUGCUCUAUGGAUCAAUACCCAAGUCUGCAGUGAGGUUUGGCACGUUUGAUAUGCUCAGCAACCCAAUGCGAGACGCCACAGGUCGCCUUGACAACACGCGGAGCCUCGUGUGUGGUUUAGGAGCAGGGAUAACGGAGGCCAUCGUGGUCGUCUGUCCCAUGGAGACCCUGAAGGUGAAGAUGAUCCAUGACCAGUGUUCGCUCAGACCGCGCUACAGAGGCUUCUUUCACGGAAUCAGUGAGAUUAUCAGAGAACAGGGUGUGAGGGGGACAUAUCAAGGUCUGACAGCGACUGUGCUGAAACAAGGAUCCAAUCAGGCGAUCCGAUUCUAUGUGAUGAACUUGCUGCGCAAUUGGUACAAAGGUGACGACCCAAGCCGAGACAUGCACCCAUUUAUAACCGCGAUCUUUGGAGCGACGGCAGGAGCUGCCAGUGUUUUUGGAAAUACACCUCUGGAUGUGGUGAAGACAAGGAUGCAGGGUCUGGAGGCCCACCGCUACAAAUCCACAGUUGACUGUGCCUUCCAGAUCUUGAAGAAUGAAGGACCACAGGCGUUUUACAAGGGAACAGUUCCCAGGCUUGGCCGCGUGUGUUUGGACGUGGCAAUCGUCUUUGUCAUCUAUGAGGAGGUGGUCAAGCUACUGAACAACGUGUGGGAGACGCAGUAGAUGGGCCAGACAGUGACAGAGAUCCAGAGGGAAACACAGACCAGUGCCUCAUGCUACGCACAACUGAACACCUCUAUUUUAGUUCAUAUUUGCUCUGCAUUGACCCGAAGAGAUGACUCUUCAUCAUGACCAGUUUUCACUCCGUUUAAUCAAAUAAUCCAAGAUGUAACCAAAAAAAUACAGCAAAAAAAGUAAGUUUUGCAUUUCGACGCUUUCUCGGUCUGACUAAGGAAUCAAGAGGGACUUUUAUGUUGAAGAAUAGGAAAAGGCAAAUUCAGAAAGGAUCCUACAAAGAGUUUACACAGAGUGUAGACUCUUUGUAGAGACUAAAGAAACCUUAUGAACCAAAGGUUCAGAUAAGAGAAGGGGCAAGACUUGAGUGGGUUAAACAAAAAGGGAUACUACGUAUGUCUGUUUGAACUUUGUACCACUGUUAUGGUACAUGUUGUAGAGUGAACACUUUGUACUUUAACCAUAAAUGUGUCUUUUGAUUCACUGAGUACUCAGUACACUAGGUUGCUACAGAGACGCUACUGGACCCUAACCAGCUGGCAGCAGUGCUUUCAAAUGUCUGUGCAGUAAUCCAACACUUCUCUGUUUUGUAAUUGCUUACCCGACAGUGCUUGUGGGGUCAUCUUUAGAGGUAUUUCCUCACUGUGUCUUGGAGAUGAGGAUACUGCUCAUUGUGUAUUUCAUGGCCCGCUGCUGAUAACUGCUCCGUUUGGCUGCAUGGAUCUCGAUGUGGCUUCUAUCCUGUUACACGCUGACAGUGGCUCGCAGUGUACACAAACUGUUCUGGAGUCAGUACCUUUCUUGCAGAUUGUUACAACUUAAUAAAAGUAGUCAUUGAGCACACAUUGUAGGAAACAAAGCCCUAUGUAGCACAAGAGAUGAUUCAUUAAUAGAAGUUAGCGAGGUCAACGUUACAUCUUCAACAUCACACGUUACUAUAUGCUCAGUAUGUGUUUCGAGUCCUUGACAGCUGCAUGUGAAGGCUUCAUUUGGGAAUAUUUGACCAGUAAUGCUUUGUUCAGACCCUCAGUCAGGUUAUUAUAUCCCAGCAGCUGCUGGUGUGCAGCCUGAAAUAUAAAAGUGAAUACACAUUUACUCAAGAUAACAUGCCAGACUAUGUCAGCCAUAUGACUUCUGUGCUUAUUGGUUCAUCCUACCGUCCUCUAGUCAAAUCUGUCACUUUAAUAUUGUUUACCUCAAGCCUAACUGCUUUACAAGCAUUUUGUACGCUUAGCGAUGAAAUAGUUAGUUAGCCAUCUUUUAUUGCACUUCUCUUAUUAAGUGUUUACAUAUUGAACGUCAACAAGGGGACAUAUGUCUGAGAGGCUCGAUAAAAGAAAGGCUUGGUUUUUAAUCAAACUAGUAGCACCACAGAAGCCUUUUUACUCGCCUUUGCCACAUUUCAAUAGAAUCUCCAAUUUAAUAUCCCUAAUAAAAAGGACAUCUUUAUUACAUUUUAAAA